AUGGAACAGACCAAUAUUCAUCUCAACAAAUUCUAUAGCCAGCUGGGCCAUCGCUACAAUACAGUCCACGGUGGCAGUGUGCAUCCAGUAAAAGUGCCGGCACUGCAUAGCAACAAGCCGGAACAGAUUGACGAACUGGUUGCUAUGGAGCUGCAGCAUCUAAAGACGCACUAUGCAGACGAGGAGCAACGCUAUGUGGACCAAAUGCUUAUCGAGAAUCCUAUCGUGGUGGAACGGCGUGCACCACCAACCAAAACAGAGGCAACCCAGAGCCAGGUCCAAGUUCACACCCAAACCGAUACCCAGACGGUAACGGGCAGCCGGGAUGCACAGCGUCAGCGUGCCGAAUCGUGCCGCAAGUCGCGCUACAACAACAAGAUCAAGAAGGCGAAACUGCGCUUCCGGCACAAGUUCGUCUGCAGCCAGCUAACGGAGAGUGCCGGCGCACUGGACUACAUGCGCGAGGUGAUCGCCCAAGCGGAGUCGCAGCUCCUGGCACGUGGUUUCAGCCGAGCUGCCCUCGAGCGUAUGCGUCAGAACUUCGGCGUGGACCGCUGUGGUGCAGCGAUUAUGACAAUGGACCACUGA